AUGCUCAACAUCCACCCCGGAUCCACCAAGGGGAAGAUAUCAAUUGCGGAAUCCUGCAAAGUGAUCGCCGACGCCAUCAACGAGGCGCACAGCCAGGUGGCCGACGUUUCGGUGAUCUUGGAGAUCACAGCAGGUGGCGGCAACGCGGUUGGCAAGACUUUUGAAGAGCUGAAAAUGAUCAUUGACGGCGUCACAAACACCGGCUACGAUAUCCGCACACAAGAGGCCUACGACGCCACCAUGGCGCAGUUCGAGGAAGUGGUAGGCCUCAAGUACUUGAAGGCGAUCCACUUGAACGACAGCAAGGCCGGCCUGGGCAGCAAGGUUGACAGACAUGAAAACAUUGGCAAGGGAUAUGUGGGUCUCGAAGCGUUCAGGUGCCUCAUGAACGACGACCGAAUGAACGGCAUACCCCUGGUCCUGGAGACGCCAGAGGGCUCGUACCGCGAAGAGGUCAAGCUGCUUUACAGCCUCGAGGGCAAGACGGAGCCCUAUCCCCCAGCACCCGAUGCUCCGGAGAAGGAAAAGAAGAAGCCCACCAAGAAGGCGACAGCAACCAAGCGCAAGAAGAAAGAAUCUGAGAGCGAGGAAGACGAACAAAAGCCUAAGAGCCCCUCGGCGAAGAAGGCAACCCCUCGGCGCGCUAAGACAACGAACCCAAAGUCCGAAUACGAUGACGAUGACGACUUCCAACCAAUUCCCAAGAAGAGACGGCUCGCCAAGCGAACCAAGAAGCCUGCUGCGCGCGCCAAAGAAGAAGAGGAGGACAGCGACACAUGA